AAUCCUGCGACGCGCGACCGGCGAUUUCAGAAACAAACGUGAUUUUUGACAGCUGUGAAUGAUCAUCGGUGGAUAACUCUGUAUUUAUUGAUUCUCGCUGGGAAAAAGGUUACAUUUCUAAGCCGCGAUGACGACCUCUAUGCCGCAGAAGAAGUUUUACAGACAGCGGGCUCACUCCAACCCCAUGGCGCACCACGAGUUCGACUAUCCGGUGUGCCCAGAGGAGAUGGACUGGGCAGAGCUGUACCCACACUUCUUCAAAGAGAAUAUUCCAGAUUCAGAGAAAACCCCAAAAGUGGAGUUUGCAGAUAUUGGCUGUGGAUAUGGAGGACUUUUAGUGGAGCUGUCGACGUUGUUCCCAGAGCAGCUGAUGUUGGGGAUGGAGAUCAGAGUCAAAGUGUCCGAUUAUGUUCGAGAUCGGAUCAAGGCACUUCGGGAAGCUGAGCCCGGAAAGUACCAGAACAUCGCCUGUAUCCGUGGCAAUGCCAUGAAGUACUUGCCCAACUUCUUCACCAAGGGACAGCUCAGUAAGAUGUUUUUCCUGUUUCCGGAUCCACAUUUUAAAAAGAACAAACACAAGUGGAGGAUUAUCAGUCCCACGCUGCUGGCUGAAUACGCUUACACUCUGAGAAUCGGGGGGCUGGUUUACACAAACACAGACGUGGAGGAGGUGCAUCUGUGGAUGGUCAAGCAUUUCACCGAACACCCGCUGUUCACAAGAGUCUCAGAGGAUGAGCUGGCUGAAGACAUCAUUGUGGGUCGCCUGGGCUCCUGUACAGAGGAGGGCAAGAAGGUGCUGAGAAACGGAGGAAAAAACUAUCUCGCCGUUUUCAGACGAGUCCUGGAUCCAAACCAGGGUCUAAACUAAGGUCCAGACCGAGAACUAAACCAGGACUAGACUUGGUAGUAAAGUGAAAUCUGUGAGAACGGACUGGUACAACUGGAUCAGGAUUCUUAAGCCCAAAUACCACUGGACGUUUUGUAUUAUAAUGUAAAAACGUGUACAAAUUUUAUAUAUUUCUACUUUUUAUUCAUAAUGUUUCUUGCUUCACGAGAUGAUUUUUGUUAAAAUCUUACUUUUAAGAGGAAUAUUUUGUGUUAAGUUUAAAAAGCGUGCCC